CAGCGUGUUGGAGCACCCAUGGGCAUGAAUAUUAGCAGCCCUGGCAGAUUUACUUUGCAUGGUGAUAGUGCUCAGGAAUAUGUAAGUUUAUUGAACCAGUGUGCCGGAAAGCAGCUUGUUCUGGCAAUUCUACCGAAUAAUCGGGCUGAUAGGUAUAGUGCUAUCAAACGCCACCUCAGCAUUAAAAUGGGCAUUCCUAGUCAGUGUAUCCUGAGCAGAACACUCUUCAAAAAGCAGCGUCUGAUGUCAGUAGCCACAAAAGUUGCUAUUCAGAUUAAUUGCAAACUGGGUGGUGAACCAUCGAGUGUCGCAGUCCCCAUUAAGAAUGCCAUGGUUAUUGGAUAUGAUGUCUACCAUGAUAGAGUCAGACGUGAUAUUUCAUACGGUGCGGUCGUGUCCUCCUUAAAUCAGCCAUGGACCCGUUACCUCUCCCAAGCAGCCCGCCAUGUUAAUCAGGAAGAGCUGACUGAUAAUUUUGCAUUAGGAGUUAAAAAUGCCUUGAGUCGGUAUUAUAUGGAAAAUGGCUGUCACCCAAAUUUGGUAAUUGUGUAUCGUGAUGGGGUUGAAGGACAGAUAUAAUAUGUCAAGGAGCAUGAAAUAGCUGCUAUUAAGAGGUGUUUUGAAGAGGUUUGCAUGAAGUCCCCAAAGUUUGCUUUUGUAAUUGUGUCCAAGAGGAUCAACACUCGAAUGAUUCUAGACAACAGAGGUCAACUAGAAAACCCAUUGCCUGGCACAGUGAUAGAUGAUGUCAUUACACUUCCUGAGAGGUACGACUUUUUCUUGGUAUCUCAAUCUAAUGAAGGAACUGUGAGUCCGACAUCCUUUAAUAUCACAGAGGACAGCAGCGGCUUGCAGCCUGACCACAUGCAACGCUUGGCAUAUAAACUUUGCCAUAUGUACUACAAUUGGCAGGGGACUAUACGUGUACCUGCCCCAUGUAUGUUUGCACAUAAGCUGGCAUACAUGACUGGCGAAAUUAUCAAUGGACCCCCUCACUAUGACUUGGUUGAUCGCCUAUGGUAUCCAAGUUUCAUUUUCUUCUCCAAGAUGUAACCUGCAGUAUGCAUUGACAGUCUUGAGUGAAAGCACACCACUUCUAGAGCUUAUGAUCCUGAUCAUACUGUAAUUCUUGAAUAUAAAGUUUAGUA